UUAAUGGCGGAGGACGCCAUACUAAGCUACUUGUCUACCCACGAAGAGAUCCCAAACUCGGAACAGUUCGCAACUCAACACGGUCUCCAACACAACGAACUCGUCAAUGUCAUCAAGAGCCUGCACGGCUUCCAUUACAUCGAUGCCCAUGACAUCAAAAGGGGAACUUGGGUCCUCACCGAAGAGGGUCAAAAAUACGCCGCCCAACGAUCUCCCGAAGUCCAACUCUUCUUAGCCAUCCCUCCCGAUGGCACCAUUCCUAAAGAUGAACUUCAGCCCAGUGGCUUUCUCCAAUUUCUAAUCCAUUCUCAAUUCCGAGUCUUCAAGUUUUUCGUAAGCUAAGCUAACUUGCAUUGGUACAAAAAAAGCUAGACCCUUCGAUUUUCAAAAUUGGUUGCUCACAAGCUGGUAAAAACAACUGGGUCGAAAUGGGAAAGCAAGUUUCCAAAAAGGUUCAACAUGUUGAAGACAAGAUUAAGGAUUUGCUUAUUAGAGUACAAAGUGGACAGGGAAUUGGCAAAGGGGGUAUUAACUCACUUAAAGCAAGGAAGCUUAUCGUUGCACAGGUUGAAUGGAAGGAAUUAGAGUUCAAAGAGUAUAACUUUAAUGCUAAAGGACUACCUGCUGAAUCUGGCCAUCUUCACCCAUUACUCAAGCAACCAUUUUCUCCCAAAAGGUAUUUCUCUAUGAAUCUGUGGACCGAAGGCAUCUUGCGGAGUUUCAUCAGAUUGAAGUUCAUAUUUGCAACAUUGUUGUUAUUUCAACUCUGA